AUGAGCAAGUUGGGCAAGUUCUUCAAAGGCGGAGGCUCUUCCAAGAGCCGCGCGGCCCCCAGCGCCCAGGAAGCUCUGGCCCGACUUCGGGAGACGGAGGAGAUGCUGGGCAAGAAGCAGGAGUACCUGGAAGGCCGCAUCCAGAGAGAGCUCAGCCUGGCCAGGAAGCACGGCACGCAGAACAAACGAGCUGCAUUACAGGCUCUGAAGAGGAAGAAGAGGCUUGAGAAGCAACUCACUCAGAUUGAUGGCACACUUUCCACCAUUGAGUUCCAGAGAGAAGCCUUGGAAAACUCACAUACCAACACGGAGGUGUUAAAGAACAUGGGCCUUGCAGCAAAAGCUAUGAAAGCCGUUCACGAGAACAUGGAUCUGAACAAAAUAGACGAUUUGAUGCAGGAGAUCACAGAGCAACAGGAUAUUGCCCAAGAAAUCUCUGAAGCAUUUUCUCAACGGGUUGGAUUUGGCGAUGACUUUGAUGAGGAUGAGCUGAUGGCAGAACUUGAAGAACUGGAGCAGGAAGAAUUAAAUAAGAAGAUGACAAAUAUCCGACUCCCGAAUGCACCUUCCUCCUCGCUCCCAGCUCAGCCGGACAGAGGGUUGGGCAGGACGCCUGGCGCGUCCUCGGCACACCGCUCUCGAGCAGCAUCUUCUAGGAGGACAGAAGGAGAGGAUGAUGACAUCCAACAUUUGGCAGCUUGGGCUACUUAG